AUGUCGCAACCCACUCAAUCCGCCGAGCCGACAACUCCUGCUGCUGAUGGAGAGAUCAAAGAAUACAAGAUUCACGCCUCGAGCAAAUACCUGGAAUUGACGCGGCAGAAGCUCGAGCUAGCCCGGCUGCCUCGCGAGGUUCCCGACGCGAACUCCAAGGCGUGGUGGAAUCCGAAGCCCGCGCUGGAGCCGCUCAUUGACUUUUGGCUUGAGCACUUUGCCUGGAAGGAACAUGAAAGUGAAAUCAAUGAGUCGGUUCCCCAGUUCAGAAUCAGCAUCCAGACAUCUGCCACUGAAGGCCCGACGCGGAUGCACUUCAUCCAUGCGCGGUCGCGCCAUCCCAAUCCUGUGCCUCUGCUGCUGAUACCUCCGUUCCCUUUUACCAACCUGUCCUUUCGGCACAUCACCGACAUCUUCGCCAAUCCCAAUGACCCAGACGUCGACCAGCCCUUUCACUUUGUUAUGCCGUCCCUUCCUGGGCUGGGCUUCAGCGAUCCUCUGCCCAGUAGCGUGCAUACAGUUUCCAAAACGGCUGAGAUGCUUGACACCCUCAUGAAGCAACUGGGAUACAGGUACUACAUUGCGAGUAAUUCCGGAUCGUCUAUUACUCCCAAAGGCAGUAUUGACUGGAAAAUCAUCAACCACUUGGCCGCUAGUUACCCAGGGUCGUGCCUGGGCGUUCAUUUGGUAUCGCCGCCAUGGAAAGCGCCCGAGGCGCGGAAGAAUCCCGUCGAGUGGCUGAAACUGACAGUGGCAAAGUCUCUAAAGGCUGGGAUUCUGGGCUAUACAAAGGAGGACAUAGCAUCGCUUCGGACAAGUGAUCGACAAAGGGCAAAGAAGAAGGACAGCGACAUGACUACCAUUGGGGCGUUUGGCGCAUAUGACCCUAACACGCUCGCUUAUGCGCUUUGUGAUUCUCCAACGGGACUGCUGGUGUUCUUCCUGACUCUCAUUAGGAUGCUGGGGUCAGAGAAGGAGUUUACUGCUACGGAGCUCGUCACGAUUACCAAGUUAACGUGGCUCCCGGGUCCAGAGGGAGCAUUGCGAUUAUGGGCGGAGAACGAUAUCUUGGCGAGGGAAGAGGCGGAGCUGAAGCCAUCACAUAGAGUCAAGGCCGCCAUCACGGUAUUCUUGACCGACGAUGGAGCCAGUCAGGAUGGUCCCGACUCGGCGCAGAAGACCGAUUCGCUCUCGUCAUUCUCUUACGUAUGUCCCAACUGGGGCAAGCAGCAUUACGAUGUAGUCUGGACUGGUCGAAUACAGGGGAAUCAGGGCCUGUUGGCUUGGGAGCGGCCGCAGAUUAUUGCAGACGGUGCAAGGAAUCUCGCCAAGGCUUUACUCGCGGUGGACAAGAGACUUUAUGAGGUUGAGCGCCGCAGAGGAAGGACGGCUUAA